AUGUUCAGAACUUCCUCUGUGCGGUUGUUCUCGUCGACUGCUCGGGCGUUUAAUGCUGCUCCCAAAAAGCCCGUUUCUGCUUUCAGAAAAACUUUCAAAACCAUUGGAAGGUUGACUGCUUUGGCCACCGUCGGUGCUGUCGGUUAUGUUGGCUACAAAGUCUACAACGAGUCUUACCCUGCCGACCAGAUCAAGCAGGUGCCAACUUUCGAGUCGGGAAAGAAAAAGAAAACCUUGGUUCUUUUGGGUUCGGGCUGGGGCUCCAUCUCGCUCUUGAAGAACUUGGACACCACCUUGUACAACGUUGUUGUUGUUUCCCCACGUAACUACUUCCUUUUCACCCCAUUGUUGCCCUCGGUGCCCACUGGAACUGUCGAUGCCAGAUCCAUCAUUGAGCCUGUGAGAGGUAUCACCAGAAGAUGUGCUGGUGAGGUUAUCUACUUGGAGGCAGAGGCCACAGACAUCGACCCAGUCAACCACAGAAUCACCGUCAAGCAAUCCACCACUGUCCACUCGGGCCACUCUGGUAAGGACACCGGUUCGGCCAAAUCUACCCUUUCCGAAGAUAUCGUCACCUCUUUGAACUACGACUACUUGGUUGUUGGUGUUGGUGCCCAGCCUUCCACUUUUGGUAUCCCUGGUGUCGCAGAAAACUCCUACUUCUUGAAGGAAGUCAGCGACUCCAUCAAAAUCAGAAGAAGACUCAUGGACCUCAUCGAAGCUGCCAAUAUCUUGCCUAAGGAUGACCCACAAAGAAAGAGAUUGUUGUCCAUUGUCGUUUGUGGCGGUGGCCCAACCGGUGUUGAAGUUGCUGGUGAGCUCCAGGAUUACAUUGACCAAGAUAUUCACGCCUGGAUGCCCGAAGUUGCUUCUGAAUUGAAAGUUACUUUGGUCGAGGCCUUGCCAAACGUGUUGAACAUGUUCAACAAGAAGUUGGUUGACUACACCAAACAGGUGUUCCAGGACACCAACAUCGACUUGAAAACCAACACUAUGGUCAAGAAAGUUGACUCUGAAUCCGUCACUGCUCAAACUAAAGCGGCAGAUGGAUCUACUGAAAUGAUCCAGAUUCCUUAUGGUAUGUUGAUUUGGGCAACAGGCAAUGCACCUAGACCAAUUGUUAGAAACUUGACCUCCAAGAUUGAAGAACAAAAGAACGCUAGAAGAGGUUUGUUGGUUGACGAGAGAUUGUUGGUUGACGGAACUGAAAACAUCUUUGCUUUGGGUGACUGUUCUUUCACCAAGUUUGCUCCUACUGCCCAGGUUGCUUUCCAAGAGGGUAUUUUUUUGGCCAAGCAUUUGGAAAAAUUGGAAGAAAUUGAUGCCUUGAAGUACAAGAUUGCUCACGACAAGUCUGAUGAGCACCCAGAAAGAUUGACAAAGAAGUUGGCCAAGUUGGAAUCAAACUUGGAGCCAUUCAAAUACAACCACCAAGGUUCCUUGGCUUACAUUGGUUCUGAAAGAGCUGUUGCUGAUUUGGUUUGGGGUGACUGGUCUAAUGUCAGCUCUGGUGGUACUUUCACCUUUUUGGUGUGGAGAUCAGCCUACGUCUACAUGUGUCUUUCUGUCAAGAACCAAAUUUUGGUUGUCUUGGACUGGCUCAAGAUUGGUAUGUUUGGCAGAGACAUCUCUAAGGAGUAG